CCUUCCUUUCCCACCCAGAUAGAGCCAGUCUUUACCUUUAGUCUUUACCCUAAAGGCUCUGGAGAACAGCCAUCACCGGGACAUCUUUGGAUCUUUGGACUUUUCACGGGACAAACUUCUCUCUUUGAAAACGGAUUUUGGAAAAGUGGCGCGUCAUGAUCCAAACGGCGCGUCAGUAGCCCCGUGGCGCUGCGUCUCCGCUCUGGAUGCUCUCUCCGCUUUGAUUAACGCUCAGUCUGGAUUAUCAGCGCUCUAUCAGUUUAGAGACAAAGCCAAAGUGGAUAAUGGGGCGCGUGAUGCUGUGGUGCCUGGGUUUGCUGUGCGUCGUGGAGUGGACAGGUGCCGUCCUCGACCUGACCAUGACCUCCACCGCGGAGGCUUCGAGCAUCACUCACUUCUCCAUGUCAUGCAUCAACGGCGAGCGCGGCCAGGGCCACAGCGGCUUGGACAUUCACCGGGACAACAACAUCUUCAAAUUCCCCAACCAGAAGUUCAUCGUGGUGAGGCCGAGGCACAAGGAGGUGAUGGCACACGACUUUAAGGAGCUGGAGAACAUCGGCAUCUUCUACUGUGUCUCCACUCCGCAGGGGGCGCAGCAGGAGAAAGUGACCAUGAUCAACAACUUCAACCGGGCCAGUUUUCUUCCCGCUCAACUCACCUUGACGAUAAACAAAGGGGAAACGGCCAACAUAAGCAUGCAGCUGCUCAGCCCCCAGAAGAGAGACGUAACAUGGAAGUACAACGGAAAUUACUAUUACAUGACUCACUCCAAUGAGGUGGUGAAUAGCACUGCUGUCCUCACUGUGGAAAAUGCCACUUUUGCCAACCAGGGGAUCUACAGUGCCAGCUUUGUGGGGGACAGCCCUGUGAACGGGGCAUGGAUGAGGCUGAUUGUUAGAGAUUGUCCCAAAGACAAGUGGGGCACAUACUGUGACCAGCAGUGCCCCGAGUGUCUGAACGGGGGAGUGUGCCACGACGCUGAUGGAGGCUGCAUCUGCCCUCCAGGAUUCAUGGGGAUGCAUUGUGAAACAGCCUGCAGAGAAGGAAUGUUUGGACAAAACUGCCAAGAGUCCUGCAGAUCUGACCACAGCUGUAAAGGCCUGCGCUUCUGCCUGCCCGACCCCUACGGCUGCUCCUGUGCCAGCGGAUGGUUCGGGCAGCACUGUGAGCACGCCUGCCACAGUGACAUGUAUGGGCCCGACUGUAAGCUGCACUGCAGGUGUCAGAACGGAGGCGUCUGUCAUCGAUUCGGCGGAUGCCAGUGUCCAUUAGGCUGGAGGGGGGAGCACUGUGACAAAUCUGACCGAGUUCCACAAAUCUUGGGCUUAAAUACUAAUUUGGAGUGGAAUCUGAACUCCAGUCCGAAGGUGAGCUGCACGGCCACAGGGAACCCACUGCCCAUCCACGACAGCUUUGAGCUACGGAAACUGGACAGUACACUGAUCAAGGCCAAUCACACCAUUCAGGACUCAAAGAAAAGCACCGCCUGGUUUGAGAUCCCUCGUGUUAAAGCAGACCAGGCCGGACAAUGGGAGUGCAGAGUGUCCACUAUCGGAGGUCAUGACUCCCGCAAGUUCAACCUCACCAUCAAAGAGCCCCCGGUGGCUAUAACCGCUCCCAAGCUGCUGAAGAGGUGGAGUAAGCAGCUGUUGGUGAUGCCUGUGGACUCAUACAGAGGAGACGGUCCCAUUGUGUCCAUCAGACUUCUGUACAAACCAGUGGAGAACGGAGACUCCUGGUCCUCGAUUAUUGUGUACAGUGACAAAGAGCCGAUUAACCUGAUGAACCUGAAGCCCACCACGCCGUACCGCAUCCGUGUGCAGCUGAGCCGGCCUGGAGAGGGAGGGGAGGGGGCUCUGGGGCCGGAAGCCAUCAUGGACACCGACUGUCCCGAGCCUACAGUUCAGCCGGAGAUUGACACCAGCUCAGUGGAGGGUCGUAACGUCACCGUGCACUGGCGUCUCCCUGGCAACACCGGCAUCACCGCGGCGACGGCCAGCGGUUUCUUAGUGCAGCUGUUUGGCCCCCCGCCCUAUAGCGACAAACUGCAGGAGGAGACCACUGUGCUCAACGUGCUCUCCACCAAGUUCUACAGCCUUCGCUACCAGCAGGACUACAGCGUGGUGGUCCGCCUCAUCAACUGCAGCAGCCAGGGUCCCCCCUCCAAGCCAUACCACUUCCGUCUCUUCAGCCAGGGUCCAUCAUCUCCGCGAAAUGUCCAAGCUCAGCCCUUGUCUGUGUCGGCGGUGCAGGUGAAGUGGCAACCCCCCGAGGACCCAAAUGGAGGCAUUAUCAAGUACGUGAUUGAGUACCAGCCGGUGGGCCAGGGGAGUCCGCACCCAUGGGUGGACACAGACGACGGGAACAAGACCACCAAAGACGUGACGGCGCUGAACGGGAGCACGCUUUACCAGUUCAGAGUCAGAGCUUUCUCCAAAGUCCCGGGAGAGUGGAGCAAGUUCGUCCAAGCCAUGACUCAAGGAGAUGGCCUGGAGAGCCUGACUCCGACCACCCAGGGCGUAGCGGGGAAGCCUCUGGGGGAUAAGUACCAGCUCCUUGUGGCCAUCGUGGGGUCAGUGACGGUGACGUUUGUGACCAUCUUGCUGGUGCUGCUGGCUCUGUUCUUCAUCCGCAAAACUCUGCUCAAUCGACGACGCACUUUCACCUACCAGUCUGGAUCUGGCGAGGAAACGAUUCUUCAGUUCAACUCUGGAACCCUCACCCUCACUCGAAGACCCAAGCCCACCCCAGAACCCCUGACAUACCCCAUCCUAGAGUGGGAGGAUAUAAAGUUUGAAGACGUCAUUGGAGAAGGGAACUUUGGACAGGUCAUCAAAGCCAUGAUCAAGAAAGACGGGAGCAAGAUGAGCGCCGCCAUAAAGAUGCUGAAAGAGUACGCCACAGAGAACGACCACAGAGACUUUGCCGGCGAGCUGGAGGUGCUGUGUAAACUGGGACAACAUCCCAACAUCAUCAACCUGAUCGGAGCCUGUGAGAACAGAGGCUACCUGUACAUCGCCAUCGAAUACGCCCCCUAUGGAAACCUGCUGGAUUUCUUGAGGAAAAGCCGAGUCCUGGAGACGGAUCCGGCCUUCGCCAAAGAACACGGCACCGCCUCCACCCUGACGUCACAACAGCUGCUGCAGUUCGCCGUGGACGUGGCUAAUGGGAUGCACUACCUGAGCGACAAACAGUUCAUACACAGGGAUUUGGCUGCCAGAAACGUGCUCGUGGGGGAUAAUCUCGUAGCUAAAAUCGCGGACUUUGGUUUGUCCCGAGGAGAGGAAGUUUAUGUGAAGAAAACGAUGGGUCGUUUGCCCGUUCGCUGGAUGGCCAUCGAGUCGCUCAACUACAGCGUCUACACGACCAAGAGUGAUGUAUGGUCUUUCGGGGUGCUUCUUUGGGAAAUAGUGAGCCUAGGUGGCACUCCAUACUGUGGCAUGACAUGUGCUGAACUCUAUGAGAAACUACCACAAGGAUACAGGAUGGAACAGCCUAAAAACUGCGACGACGAAGUUUAUGAGCUGAUGAGGCAGUGCUGGAGGGACCGGCCGUAUGAAAGACCGCCGUUCUCUCAGAUCUCGGUGCAGCUCAGCCGCAUGCAGGAGGCCAGGAAGGCUUACGUCAACAUGGCUCUGUUUGAGAACUUCACCUACGCCGGGAUCGACGCCACAGCUGAAGAGGCCUGACUACCAGCCCCCCCAGACUCCAGGACUCUCCGUAGCCCCACCAGGAGGAGCCGAGGACGGGCACCGCGCUACUGCCUUCCCCCUCUCCAGCGGGACAGGAGAGGCCGCCGCUCCAACCGGACUCGAAGCAGCCAGCAUUAGGACGAGAACUGUGAAAGGACACUGAACGACGACGCGAGGACAUUUUGGGGUUGGUCUGGGACGCUAGUUGGAAACGUGCUGUAUUUGCUGGUACAAUUGUGAAAGCUACAAGAGCGCUAUGGGAUGGAGCUAUGUGACACCAAAGAGUCUGAGGGGAGAUGUUAGCAAAAACAUUUUUACAACAACCAAAACUGUGAAUCGGCCAAUUUUAAAACACAUUGUAGCACUUAACAAAUUUUCUACCGCUGUUUUUCUGUACUUUUGCAUACCACUGCCAUAUGAAUGUACUGUAUGUAAACUACUACUACUAUAUAUGUUUUUGUAUGUUUUAGACCAGUUACAUGCCUCAUAUUGUUUUGUACUAUGUGUCAGAAGGGCCAACGUAUACACUGUAUAUACUGUAUAAAUGGACAUAGCUAACAUGCUAGCUGCCACGUUCCAAAUAGCAAGUUAUCAUGGGUGCGCGUCCAGCUCCAUCGGCUCUGGCUCCAAUUCACUUUCUAUUGAAAAAACGCCACCUCUCUCUGUAACUGCUGCUGUCAGACUCGUCAUUUUGGUCCUAAAAUGUUCGUAAUAACCUGCUCUACAUGAUCCUGGGGUUUUUACUCGCUAUUGUGUCUGUAAAUCAAGAUAUGAACAUUAAUAACAGACAAAUCAGCUGCCUUCUUUCCUUGUGUUCGCUCCCGCUAUCGUUAGCCACAGGUUUGAUUGAUAGUGUUGCUAAGUGCCUACUCUCUGCUGCCUGGGCAUUACCAUCAACAGCCUUGCUCUGGAUUGGCUCUUUGGUUGCUAUGAUACUCGCACUUGGAAUGCCUAAUAUAGAACUCGGCUACAAAUUUGCCGUUAUAACUGCUCUAGCCUCGAUGAGCUUCAUUGAAUGGAGCUGAACGCCAUUAUUCCACUUCUUUAUACAGACUAUGGGCCAACACUAAUUUUGUGCCUCAUAAGGAACUGAACUUUUACUCUUUAAAGGUGCACCAAGUAACUUUUCUGGCAGCACUAGCUUGUUGUUCCAUGGAAAUGUUAUUAUUUAGCUUAAAAUGUUCCACAGUAUGACAUUAAUUUUUAAAUCUCAGGGUCAGAUCUGUUGGUUUUCUGGCAUUGACGCAGCUCAGACGUCACCGUGUUGUAUAAAGGAAAUGUCCGCAGUGGGAGAUAACAUUGUUGAAUUGACAAUCUACUGAAGUCACAACACAGUAACGCCAUGGCAACAGGACAGAGAGGGCAGGGCAACUAAGGCUGG